AUGGCAGGGGACGUGGAAGGAUUCUGUUUCUCCAUCCAUGACACCAGGGUCUCUGCUGGGUUCAGAGCACUGUAUGAGGAGGGACUGCUUCUUGAUGUCACUCUGGUUAUUGAAGAUCAUCAGUUCCAGGCCCAUAAAGCACUCUUGGCCACCCAGAGUGAUUACUUCAGAAUUAUGUUUACCGCAGAUAUGAGGGAGCGAGAUCAGGACAAAAUUCAUUUAAAAGGUCUAACUGCUACCGGUUUCAGCCACGUCCUUCAGUUUAUGUACUAUGGAACUAUAGAACUGAGUAUGAGUACUGUUCAUGAUAUUCUUCAGGCUGCCAUGUAUGUUCAACUUAGAGAAGUGGUGAAGUUCUGCUGCUCUUUUCUAUUAGCAAAAAUCUGCUUAGAAAACUGUGCAGAAAUUAUGAGACUCUUAGAUGAUUUCAGUGUAAACAUCGAGGGAGUCAGGGAGAAGUUGGACGCCUUUCUGCUAGACAACUUCGUACCACUCAUGUCCAGGCCUGAUUUCCUGUCUUAUCUGAGCUUUGAGAAGCUCAUGUCUUACUUGGAUAAUGAUCAUCUGAGCAGGUUCCCAGAGACAGAGCUGUACGAGGCUGUGCAGUCUUGGCUGUGGCAUGAUAGAAGACGCUGGAGACAUACCGAUACCAUCAUUCAGAACAUCAUUAAGACAUCAGAAUUUUAUAGAUACUCCCGACAGCUGCGCUAUGAAGUUGACCAAGCCUUGAAUUACUUUCAGAACGUUCACCAGCAGCCUCUGUUGGACAUGAAAUCAAGCCGCAUCCGCUCUGCCAAACCCCAAACUACAGUAUUCCGAGGCAUGACUGGACAUAGCAUGGUUAACAGUAAAAUACUUCUCUUAAAGAAACCAAGAGUCUGGUGGGAACUGGAGGGCCCACAAGUACCUCUGCGUCCGGACUGCCUUGCUAUCGUGAAUAACUUCGUGUUCUUGUUGGGUGGGGAAGAACUGGGCCCAGACGGCAAAUUCCAUGCUUCUUCCAAAGUGUUCAGGUACGACCCGAGACAAAACUCUUGGCUCCGGAUGGCAGACAUGUCUGUACCACGUUCAGAAUUUGCAGUUGGUGUUACUGGAAAGUUUAUUUAUGCUGUAGCAGGCAGAACCAGAGAUGAGACUUUCUAUUCAACAGAGAGAUAUGAUAUCACCAAUGAUAAGUGGGAAUUUGUGGAUCCUUAUCCAGUUAACAAGUACGGACAUGAGGGGACAGUGCUCAAUAACAAGUUGUUUAUCACUGGUGGAAUCACCUCAUCUUCCACCUCCAAACAAGUGUGCGUGUUUGACCCCAGUAAAGAAGGGACCAUAGAACAGCGGACCAGGAGAACUCAAGUAGUUACCAACUGUUGGGAGAAUAAGAGCAAAAUGAAUUACGCUAGAUGUUUUCACAAGAUGAUUUCUUACAACGGCAAGCUUUAUGUCUUCGGUGGUGUCUGUGUGAUCUUGAGGGCCUCUUUUGAGUCUCAGGGAUGCCCUUCCACAGAAGUGUACAACCCAGAGACUGAUCAGUGGACCAUCUUGGCGUCCAUGCCAAUUGGUAGAAGUGGCCAUGGUGUGACUGUGCUGGACAAACAGAUAAUGGUUCUUGGAGGCCUUUGCUACAAUGGUCAUUACAGCGAUUCUAUUCUCACUUUUGAUCCGGAUGAAAACAAAUGGAAGGAAGAUGAGUACCCGCGGAUGCCCUGCAAGCUGGAUGGUUUACAAGUAUGCAACCUGCAUUUUCCAGAAUAUAUACUGGACGAGGUCAGACGUUGCAACUAAUGGCAUCUUUCUCCCUUCAAUAAA